AUGCGAAGAACAACAGUAGCAUGCUUCGUUUUAUUGUUAUGCUCAUCUUUAGCGGUAAUACUUUUGUUACCUGUUGUAAUGAAUGCAACCGUUGUACAUGUUGAUGUUCAAACAGGUAGCCUUAUAAUAGGUAAUCCAAACGAUGCUUUACACUUAGACUAUCAUAAUCAUAAUCAUCAGCAACACAAGCAUUAUCAUCAUCAUCAUAUAACACAAACAAAAUGUAUAUUUGAAGAAAGCAAUCCAACAUUUAUGUAUUAUACAUUCGCAUGUGGUUUCUUAUUACCAGCUCUUUUAAUUACCUAUUUUUACUUAAAUGUAAUUAUACAAUUGCAUAAAAGUGUUGCAAAUGUUCAUCGACAUAGUUUUGUCACUAAACAGCGAAAUGCAAAUAUGCGGAUAAGGCAGGUAACGAAACGAAUUGUUGCUAUGAUUUUAUUUUAUUUUUUCUGUUGGCUGCCACAUUGGGCACUAAAUUUACUGGCUCAUUUUGAGCUUAUUGUUGUAUCCUGGUCAACCUUAACAUUAUCAUCAAUUUUUUUUGCGGCGCAUUUGUUAGUUUGCUUUAAUUCGGCCGUAAAUCCAAUCCUAUAUGCGAUUAUCAAUCGUGAAUUACGACAACAACACACAAAAGCUUUAAUUAAACGUUGUCGAUCAUUAUCAAAUGCUACCAGUACCGCUUUAGAUGCAUUGAUCAAACAUUCUCAUCAGUAG